UUGAAGCUUUCUCAAUGUCACGUUUGUUGUGUGAAGAAAUGCUUAAUGUGUGGCUGUCCGUUUGUUUAUAAACCUAUCAAACAUGUAUAAAUUAAAUUGUAUAUUAGUUAGUUCUGUGAGUAACGUUUGUCGACAGCUGGCUGCCUCUCUAAAUGCAAAUGGAAGCUCUCUAUGUGGAAGCAGCAGCCUGCAGCGAACAUUAUGUAGCAGUGCUGUCAGACUUCAGCAGACCGCAGCACCCGACACUGACACGAGGAAAACCUCCGAAGACUUCAGCCAUUUUCCUCCACUGCCUGGCCAGGACAGUCCACUGAGGUGGGGUGGGAAGAAGUUUGAGGAAUUACCAAUCAUGCACAUUAAAGCCACAUACAACAACACACACAUCCAGCUGACGGACAGCGCGGGACAAUCAAUGAUCAGAACGUCCUGCGGAACAGAGGGCUUCAAAAACAUCAAGAAGUCGACGCCCAUCGCUGCUCAGACUGCAGGCAUCUCUGCUGCCGCGAAAGCCACAGCGAAGGGAGUUACGUUUGUCCGUGUCGUGGUCAAAGGUCUUGGUCCUGGACGUCUGUCUGCAAUCAAAGGCCUGACGAUGGGAGGCCUGGAGGUGGUAUCGAUCACUGACAACACCCCCGUGCCACACAAUGGAUGCCGCCCGCGCAAAGCCAGAAGGACGUGAUUUCCACAAACCAGAAAGCGCUGCAACAAGAGGAAGCUGUUGUGCUGUAAUAUGCUAAUAAAUUGUUGUGUUGUGUAA